AUGCACAGGUUCAACCCACGGCGAAGUGCGUGUGACCGGUGCAGAGGCCACAAACUUCGUUGCAUCAGGCUCGAUCCUGGCCCAAACGACACAGGCGCCCUGCUGCCAUGCAAGCGGUGCGUGAAGGCUGGCGCCGAGUGUAUCCACACCGCCAACCUGAGUGUAAAACCCCCGGGAGAUGGCCAUCAUUCGGCGCACCGCGCGACGGAGUCUCCUGGCCAUCCGGCGGCGUUUCAGCAAGAGACGCGGGUCAGUGACCGGCAGCUUAGAGAAUCAUCUCUGGGCAUUUCCCCGACGCAGCCGGCGCCUCAGCGCCAGACACAGAGGUGGUCCAGUAGUAGCGGCCCUCACAGACCAGAGGACAGGGAGUCGCUGCCGCCUUGGCACAUGUUUGCCACUCCGAUGUUUUCCAGACAGCAGCUGGGCUUUUCAAAGCUACCGAGUCACGCAAACGGGCCGCCAGACGACCGCACUGCCGACGGUUUCGAGGUCGGAUCCGAGGCUGCGCUCGCGGCACCGCCCGGCAGCGAGAGAAGCCCACAUCGAACAAGUCGCGCCCCUUCUGAUGGCACCACGACUUUCAGCCUAGUGGACAAAGUAUUUGACCUGGACGGCCGAGCCGUCUGCCCACUCUCCGGCUCGGUGCUGCAGGAAAACGCGGGGAUUGUCACUGCUGCGGCUAGCACCACGGUCACCUCGGCGCAGACGCACCACAUGUUGCCGUUCUCGCAGGUUGAGCCGCUCACACCUUCGAGCUACUUCAACGUUCCAACAUGCAGCACCCUGACCACUGGCGGCGCCGGCAGCCAAAGCCUACGCGACCAGCAGAUGCAGCAACACCAACGCCACGGGUCCGCGAGUGGCCGUUCCUCGGCAGCUACCCAGGAUAGCUGCCUGCAGCUCCUAUCGCAGCUCAGCUCGAAAUUUCUGAUGGAUUUUGGCAAAUCCAGUGCCGGCGACUGGUCCAAAAUGGCCAACAACAACACCAACAACCACUUGAGCACUACAAUCAGCAAUCUUUUCGACGGCCUGCAAAUCUUCUUGAAAACCAUCGAGUGCCUGCGGCCAGCGACAUUCCUCGAGAACAGUUCUUCGGACUCGGAGUGUUCAUAUUCUGACCUGUGCGACGAGUCCGAGUUUGUCGGCUCGACAGGGGACAACCAAAUGCAGGUAUACCCGGGCGCCAUGGCGGUCGAUCACGCCCACGAGGGCUCGUCCACGGAGAACAGCGCUCAUCGUCGCGGUCGAGGAGCCAGCCCGACGGCCGACGCAGCACCUCAGCCGCUGGACAUGCCCAUGACGCUGACGAUACUCACCUGCUACACGUGGCUGCUCAAGGGAUACGAGGUGGUCCUGUCCGAGAUCUACCAGAUGCUGGCGUCGCAGGACCGCCACCAAGGCCUACAGACCCUGCCGACCAUCGUCCAAGGGGUCGGGAUUGGCGGUUUCAAACUGGAGGACCACCCUGACAUGCAGAUAGAAAUUGUCAUCCACGUCGGCUGGCAGCUGCUGCAGCGGAUCGAGGGGCUGCUAGGAGUUCGAGUCGUCUCCGACGAGGGGAGAGGAGGCCUUGGCGGCUCCUCUCGAGAUGAGUCCUCGACUGAAGGUGGGGACGGCGGUGGCGCAGGGUCGUCCGCCAGCGACGAGCGACGGAUCCUCGACCCCAGGGCUGCAGCCGCCGUUCUGGACAGCUGGUUCACCACCACCACCAGGGGUGGCAGUGGGGGCAGUGGACCAGGUGAGGGCACGGGUGAUUCGAAUGGAGGCAGAACGGUAGAGAUUAAAGGCACUAUAGCAAACAUUAGAAAAUAUCUGAGGAGUUAUGGAAGAAAUUAA